UUUGGAAUGGAGUCUUACUACCAAAAAUAUUUAAAGCCAGGAGGUGCACAAGUUCAAAAUGAUGAGAGGAAGAGGAAAUAAGAAAUUUGAUUCUCUUCUUCCAGACGAUAUCAAAUCUUAUGGACAUUAUAAUCAAUAUAAGGAUGAAUUGUCAAGACUUAAUGGCCAUGAGAGUAAAAACAAGGAGGCCAGAGACCUUUAUCCAACUUCUAGUUCUCAUUAUAACCCUUAUAAUGGAGGUUCAAAUCAGGGAUAUGGCCAGCAAUAUAAUGCACCAGCGCCUGCUCCAAUGCCAAGGACUGCUAGUUUUGGCCAAUAUGAGCCUCCAACUGAACCUACGGAGCCUGUCCCUCAGCCUUCUUAUUAUGCUCAUCCUGCUUAUGAUGUGCCUAAAUACCAGCAAGAGUAUUCUUCGCCGCCUCAGCGACAUUUUAUUCAUAAUACAGAAAGGAAGAGGUUGCAAGAAGCUCAAAAUAAUUAUUAUGCUAAGAAAAGGCUUGGUGCAGGAACUGCCUUGAGCGAUCGGAGUCUAACCGGCCGAUCUGAAGAUCUUAACUCCAGGCAGAAAGGCAGGAGAGACAGAUUUGAAGAUUUCAUCAAGUAUACUGCACCAAGGCUACAGUAUAAGAAGAUCGUUAAAAUACAGGCACUUCUGAGAGGAGCCUAUGUUCGAAAGAAGAUCUUCCCUCAGAUCAUGCAGUUUCACGCUGCAAGCGUGAGAGUGGUAGAUUCGAUGAUAGAUCACUAUAUCGAGGAUGUCUACCUCCCUGAUUUGCUGCUGGAGAUCUUGACUAAGAACAAAGUCUAUGAAAACUUUGACUUAUAUUCAGAUGAAAAUAAGAUUUUAUAUGAAGUCAGGUAUUCUUUAAUGGAAAAAGUCAUUCGUGAUAUGGUCAAGGAGACUCUUAAAGAGUCAACUGACAAGAUUGUUAAUCGAUACCUCCACAAAAGGUUUAAAGACAAAGAUGUUGACGAGAGAGAUCCCAUGGCCAUGGUGGUCAAAGGCAUCAUUGAUGGUGUCAUGAAGCAGCAGAUUAAAGAUUUAGCACAAGAAUCGAUUAAGGACCUUAGUCUUGAUUACUUGAUAGAAGCUCAGUUUAAUUCGCUUUUUAACCGAGUCUGGCUUCCAAGAGAGGUGGAGCAUACAGUUGUAGACACUAUUGAAGAUAUGGCAAUCAGAGAGCUCAUUGAUGGACUUCUUCAUGAUAUUAUUAGAGAGGAGGCUCCCAGAGUAGCUGAAGAUGCUAUAGAAGCAGAAAAAGACAUCCAAGACACUGCCAUUUUAAAGAAUGCAUUUGGAGAAUUCCUUGAUAGAUGAAUUCAUGAAGUCUGAGUCCAAAAUAUUGGUAAAAUCUAUGAGACUGAAGAGAACAAGAUUCAUGUGAAAGAACAACAAGAGAAGGCUCUACGAGAUCAUGCUAAGCUUAAAUCUAACCAGGUUAAACAGGAAUUCAGAGCUCUGAAUGAAGAACUUCAGAAAGAAAAAGAAGAAAAAGAGAAAAUGCUCAAUACUAAGAACCAAAACUAGCCGAUAUAACAAUUUCCAAAUUUCAACUUAUUAAA